GGCACGCGCCGGCAGGGCGGAAGGCCCCGUGGGCGGGAAGCGGCGGCACCAUGUCGGUCAGCGAGAUGUUCGCGGCGCUGCAGGGAGCGCUCGGCCAGGACCAGGACAUCCGAGAGGAGAUCCGGAAGGUGGUGCAGGCGCUGGAGCAGACGGCGCGGGAGAUCCUGACGCUGCUGCAGGGCGUGCACCAGGGGCCCGGCUUCCAGAACAUUCCAAAGAAGUGUCAGAAGGCUCGUGAGCACUUUGGUACAGUGAGGACACAGAUGGAGUCUCUGAAGACCAAGUUUCCUGCUGAUCAGUAUUACAGGUUUCAUGAGCACUGGAGGUUUGUACUGCAGCGGCUGGUGUUCCUGGCAGCAUUUGUAGUCUACUUAGAGUCAGAAACGUUAGUAACCCGGGAAGCUGUUGCAGAAAUACUUGGGAUUGAAGCUGAUCGAGAACGGGGCUUUCACCUGGACAUUGAAGAUUAUCUUUCUGGUGUGUUAACUCUGGCCAGUGAGCUGGCCAGGCUGGCAGUGAACAGUGUCACAGCUGGGGACUAUUCUCGCCCUCUCCGCAUCUCAGCCUUUAUCAAUGAGCUGGAUUCUGGCUUCCGCCUCCUCAACCUGAAGAACGACUCCCUGAGGAAACGCUACGAUGGCCUGAAAUACGAUGUCAAGAAAAUUGAGGAAGUGGUUUACGACUUGUCGAUCAGAGGACUCAAUAAGGAGGCAACAGUUGGUGCAGGCGGGGAGAAGUGAAGGAUGCUCGUUUGAACAGCAUCAUCCAUUACCUCAGAUGGUUGCCAAUUUAGGAAGUACCUAGAGAAGCCUUCCUACAGUAGUUUAGAAGAACUGCAGCUCAAAGCUGCUCUCUAUUUUCUUACAAAAGGUGUAGUACAGGUGUUAGAUGUUUUGUAAAAUCAUGUCUAGAUUAGGACAGGAGACUGUUUCCAGUGGCAUUCCUCUGUCAAACACAUGGUGCCAUUCUCUGCACAGCAGCAAUAGAAGUUAGUAACUCCCAUGAGCUGAGAUUCCCAUUACUUCUGUAGUGUUGCUUCCCUGCUCUGUCAGGGAAGUGCUGUGGCUAUCUCUGCUCACACACCCUCAGAGGUGUGUGCACAGCACACAGCUCAGUGCAGACACAUGGAAUCUUUUAAGAAACACGGUGUGUAAAUACCAACCUUUUUUUAAGAAACCCCUUUUGUUUUCCUUUUUGUUUCUUAAAUUUUCAUCUAUGUAAGUUGAACAAAUUUGCAUAACUGUUUAUGAACCAGAUCUCUCUUCUAAUGGUUUCUGUUAAUGUACCCCCAUAAUGGAGUACACCAGGAUUUCAGUUACCAGGGAGAGCAAGGUCUUCUUAGACACCUGCUUUCUCUGUCUGGUAUUUGUUUUGCUGUCAUGAGUAAAUGCAGAGUUCUAAAUGAUGAUUUGCCUUGAGAACUCAGUGUAACCAGUUUUCAUGUUUUUUUAACUUCCAAGUUUUCUGAAUAGAGAAGUGUAAGCUGAUAAACUGCAGGUGGUGUCUGAGUUAUAACGUGUACAGGCCACAACUGUACCUAUGUCCUGGGAUUAAAAAAAAAAAAAAAAAACAACCACAAAACUAUAGUUUGUAUAGUAAAAUGUUUGUAUCUCCAGAAACAGGAAGGUUACUGCUUUCAGGUAAGUAUGUAAGAUGUUGCAAACACCAACAGCCUCUUUCAUGUGUGUAAGUGGACAGAUUCAUGCCUCCUCAUGGGCUUGUUCUCUUGAGUUUUGCCAUUCUGCUUCUGGAGGUGCAGGAGCAGCACUUGGGAGGAGGAGGAAUACUUCAGAGGAUGAAUGGGAAUGGUCAAGUUUAUGUGGGGCUUGUUAGUAUUUCAGUUUCUUAGUGAAGAUUUGCUGCUGAGUUAGGGGGUUGUUUUGUUUAUUGGAAGAAAAUGGUUUCUUGGUUAUUUUGGCCAAUAAAAGCUGUUCUUUGAUUAUGG